UCAGCAAAUGAUGGUACUCGUGGAUCCAGUCUGCCGUUGAUCAGACCAAUCCCUGCUCCUACACAUCAGCACGUCAUGUGAGGACGUCUGUAGUGCUGCACGCGGGAGUUAUUCAACGUUAAGUCUUGUUUUUAUUCAACAACUUCUUUUUUUCGCCUGUCAUUUUUUCGGGACAAAGCAAUACAUUGAGGAGACAGGUGAGAUGUUGAGCUCCAAGCUGUUGACCCUGGUGCUGGUGGUCCAGCCGGGCAGAGUGCUGCUCGGCAUGAAGAAGAGAGGAUUUGGGGCUGGGAAGUGGAAUGGUUUUGGGGGAAAAGUUCAACCUGGAGAAACUAUUGAAGAUGGUGCAAGGAGAGAACUGCUAGAAGAAAGUGGCCUUACGGUGGAUGCUCUCGAGAAGAUCGGAAACAUCAAAUUUGAAUUUGUUGGAGAAACACAGCUGCUUGACGUCCAUGUUUUCAGAGCUGACACCUAUAAUGGAGAACCAACCGAGUCAGAAGAAAUGCGGCCUCAGUGGUUCGAAUGUGACCAAAUUCCUUUCAGUCAAAUGUGGGCUGAUGACAUCCUGUGGUUCCCCCUAAUGCUCCAGAAGAAGAAAUUUGUCGGAUACUUUAAGUUUCAGGGUCACGAUGUGAUCCUCAGCCAUAAACUGGAAGAGGUGGAGGAACUGUGAGACGACCUGCGUUUCUGAGGUCAUUUAUGACUGUGACAAAAAAAAGCGUCAGCCUUCCAAAGUUCUUCUUCAAAUGCUAUCCCAGGGUUCAGUGUUUGUUGUUCAGUUUACCUUGUGGGAGGAAACGAACAUACUCUGAGGACUUCAACCCUGUUAACUGUACAUGGAGAAUGUUUACAUGUAAAAUUACAUAUUGAGAAAUAAAAAUCAAUCAAUAAUCAGCAAUA